UUUUGAGCUGUAUAUAUAUUUACCUUGUUUCCAAACCUUUCCCUUGGAAAUGAAACCAAAAAAUGUGGGAAGAAAAUUGUGUUGGGGAGAGAAUUUAGUUAUUGACUAGAAUGGUGAGGAUUGGGCAUGGAGGUGGCUCGGGCUGAAUUGUCAUAUGAAGAUGUCUUAAUAAAGAAGUUAAGUCUGUACUUUAUUUUUUAAAGAGUUGUUUAUUUGUUUGGCUAUUGGUUAAAGGUCCAGCACAAUAUUGAUUAUUGAAUUACAUUUGAUCUAGUUCAGUUUUAUCAAUCACUUAAACAUAUGAAAUAAUUAUCUCUUACCUAUAGCUUGAUGACUGUGGGUAUUUUUGUUUACUUUCUGUUGUUCUAAAUAGAGAUGGUUAGAAGGGCCGUGGGUCAUAUUAGAUUGAGUAGAAAUGUAGAAAAUCUGCUUUAGAUGCAAAAAACAAUUAUGGGGGAGGACCCCCAGACACCCCGACAGGUUAUGUCCCUUCUAACUUCUAAAACUAAAGUUGAGCUACUGACUGUGCUUAUUAGGUUAUCCCCAUAUCCUGGGGGCAUACAUCAUGUAUGUCUCCAAUGUUUGAUCAUGAAUAAUGUCUGUCUGCGACUUUUAUUGAAAUGUUCUUAGCCCAAUGUCAGCGUGUAAUUUCUGAAUGGUGCUCAUAGUGUCGCUGUUCACUAGCGGAGGUAGAAUAGAUACAGCUCUCCACCCAUUGGUGUUGUCAUUAACAAAGCUCUAGUGUCGUUUCACUACAUAAAAUAAUAGAGGUAAACGGUCAAACUGCUCACACACUUGUAUUUUGUUUUGAUAAUCUAGUGAAUGUUGAUCUUUUUGUGGAAUACUUUCUCCUUACAUCGAUCUGUUUAACUAUAUAUAUGGAUGUUAUUGAAAGUCUAAGGAUGCUGAACAAAGGAUUCUCAAUGUCAAGCCUGGUCUUCUGCUUUGCUUUCUUUCUUCUACCGCUGCAUUCCGCCAAUGGAGACGUGAGCUAUUCUUUUCCGGAGGAGAUGAAACGAGGAUCUGUUAUUGGAAAUAUAGCCAAGGAUCUAGGGCUGGAGGGGAGCAGACUGUCCGCUCGUAAAGCCCGAAUUGAUACUGAAGGAAAUCGCAAACGUUAUUGUGACAUUAAUCUGAGUACCGGAGAUCUGAUUGUUGCGGAGAGGAUUGACAGAGAGGGGCUUUGUGGAGAAAAGGUUUUAUGCAUACUAAAAAUUGAAUUGGUCCUAGAGAGUCCACUUGAGUUGCAUCAUAUAUCACUUCAAAUCCAAGAUAUAAACGAUAAUUCACCCAUAUUUCCCAAGGAUUUAAUUAAGGUAGAAAUCAGAGAAUCCGCUCUGAAAGGAGCGCGCUAUCGUGUAAACGCAGCUCACGACGCAGAUAUUGGGCAAAACGCAGUGCAAAGCUACGUAUUACAAAGGAAUAAUCAUUUUGUUUUGGUUUUGCAAACGAAUAAUGCUGGUAUUAAAUACGGUGAGUUAGUUCUGGACAAAGAAUUAGACCGCGAGGAGCAGCAGGAGUUGAAACUGUUGAUGACAGCUGUAGAUGGGGGCUCUCCGCAGAGAUCAGGAACUGUAGUCAUACACGUCACUGUACUGGACGCUAACGAUAACGCCCCAGUGUUUAGCCAGGCCGUCUAUAAAGCCAGUCUGCCUGAAAACUCUCCUUUAGAUACUGUAGUGGUUACAGUGAGUGCUACGGAUGCAGAUGAGGGAGUGAAUGGGGAAGUGACGUAUGAAUUUAGUCGAGUAUCUGAAACAGCAAGGAAUGUAUUUACUAUGGACCAGAAUACAGGAGAAAUUAGAGUGACAGGAGAAAUAGAUUAUGAAGAAGAGACACAAUUUGAACUUUUUAUUGAAGGGAAAGAUGGUUAUGGACUUUCCUCGGACAGUAAAGUUAUUAUAGAUAUUACAGACAUAAAUGACAACGCUCCUGUGAUAUAUCUAAAAUCUCUGACUAGCCCCAUACCUGAGAACGCGUCACCUGGUACAGAGGUGGGCAUCAUUAACGUGCAGGAUAGAGACUCUGAGAAUAACCGACAGGUCCGCUGCUACAUUCAGCAAAACCUUCCCUUUAAGCUGGUGCCGUCCAUCAAAAACUACUAUUCUCUGGUGACCACGGGCGAACUGGACCGGGAACUAGUGUCUGAUUACAACAUUACAAUCACUGCCACCGACGAGGGCUCUCCACCUCUGUCCUCCUCUAAAAGUGUUCAGUUAUCUGUAGCUGACGUCAACGACAACCCACCUGUGUUUGAGGGACAGUCCUAUAAAGCCCACGUGACUGAAAAUAACAAACCCGGUGCCUCCGUGUGUUCCGUUACUGCACGAGACCCAGACUGGAGACAGAACGGUACAGUGAUUUAUUCUAUCUUAUCUGGUGAGGUGAACGGUGUCCCGGUGUCCUCGUUUUUAUCCGUUAACGGAGACACGGGGGUGAUCCACGCUGUGAGGUCGUUUGAUUAUGAGCAGUUCAGGAGUUUUAAAGUCCACGUGGUGGCCAGAGACAACGGUUCUCCUCCGCUCAGCAGCAACGUCACGGUCAGUGUGUUCAUAACGGAUGUGAAUGACAACUCUCCUCACAUACUAUACCCCGCCCCAGAGGGGAACUCCUUCAUGACCGAGCUGGUCCCCAAAGCUGCGCACGGAGGCUCUCUGGUUUCCAAGGUGAUAGCGGUGGACGCGGACUCCGGCCAGAACGCCUGGCUGUCCUAUCAUAUAGUCAAAUCCACUGAUCCGGGACUUUUCACUAUUGGUCUCCACAGUGGAGAGAUCAGGACACAGCGGGACAUUUCUGAAUCUGACAGCAUGAAACAGAACCUCAUUGUGUCAGUGAAAGAUAACGGACAGCCCUCUCUCUCUGCCACCUGUACCAUGUAUUUAGUGAUUUCUGAUAACUUGGCUGAAGUGCCAGAACUGAAAGAUGUCUCUUAUGAUGAGAACAAUUCCAAACUCACCUCUUAUCUGAUCAUCGCGCUGGUGUCCGUCUCCACCUUUUUCCUCACCUUCAUUAUUGUCAUCCUGGCCGUGAGGUUUUGCCGCAGGAGAAAGCCCAGACUGUUGUUUGACGGAGCGGUCGCCAUCCCCAGCGCGUAUCUCCCUCCCAACUACGCAGAGGUGGACGGCGCAGGAACUCUCCGCAGCACUUAUAAUUAUGACGCAUAUCUGACGACGGGUUCGCGAACAAGUGACUUCAAGUUCGUCACAUCUUACAAUGACAACACACUGCCUGCAGACCAGACUCUUAGAAAAACUCCAACAGACUUUGCUGAAGCAUUAGAUGACUCCCAGGGGUCCCCAGAGGUAGGCCUCUCUAUUCAAAAGUGUUAAGCGUUUAAUGUGUAUUCUAGGUACUUAGGCCUACAUUUGUAAUCACAGUGUAGAAUAGAUGGCAGAUGUCAGGUGAGAACGAUUUUGGAAGGGUGGAGCAAUUUAGACAGAAGGAUGAGAUGAGAAGCCUGUUUUGAUAGUGUGUGCCUCCAUGCUGCAGUUGGCUGCCACUUUCCAUGUCACUGAACACCCCUUAUACAUGUGAGACUUCCUUUGUUCCUUGUAAUGAUUUAUAUACGUUACAUCCCGUGCUAAGAGAUGUUUAGAAAUGGUUUAGCUGUACUGCACUAGUUACUGUGUACAGUUGUCUUGCUAAUAUUUAUGUGAACAUGUCUGUUGUUGAAGUGACAUUAUAGACUUUUCCAACCACUUGUUGACAACCUUUAUUCUUAAAACCUCUUAAAUGUAAAGUCCCCAUAUUUGGGGACCCAAUUGGAUUUGUUUUAUUGAAUUCAGUCUGGUAUGAGAACGGUAGACCCUAUCUGCAAACACAGGAUGUCUGCGGAAAGCUGAACAUCUUGGCUAUUUAUGUCACGCCCUGACCUUAGAGAGACUUUUUUCUCUAUUUGGUUAGGUAAGGGU